CUACAGAUCACACCUGGGAAGUGAAUGGCUGUGAAAAAUGACUCGUCUGUGACUGAGUUUAUCCUUGUGGGAUUAACAGACCAACCUGAACUCCAGCUGCCCUUGUUUUUUCUGUUUUUGGUGAACUACAUGCUCACUGUCUUGGGCAAUUUGAGCUUAAUUAGCCUAAUUUGCUUGAAUUCCCACCUUCAUACCCCCAUGUACUUUUUCCUCUUCAAUCUCUCCUUUAUUGAUAUUUGUUAUUCAUUUGUCUUUACACCCAAAAUGCUAAUGAGUUUUCUUUCAGAGAGGAACAUCAUCUCCUUUACAGGAUGCAUGACUCAGCUGUUUUUCUUCUGCUUUUUUGUCAACUCUGAGUGCUAUGUGUUGACAGCCAUGGCCUACGAUCGCUAUGUGGCCAUCUGUAAACCCCUGCUGUACACAGUCACCAUGUCCCCUCAGAACUGUUCUCUGUUGAUGUCUGGUUCAUUCAUGAUGGGGUUUGCUGGUGCUAUGGUCCACACUGGGAGUAUGAUCGGGUUGACUUUUUGUGAUUCCAACAUCAUCAACCAUUACAUGUGUGACAUCUUCCCCCUCCUCCAGCUUUCCUGCAGCAGCACAUAUGCCAAUGAGCUUGUGAUUUCUGUUAUCGUGGGCACAGUUGUCGUAGUAUCUGGCAUCAUUAUCUCUAUUUCUUAUGCUUUAAUUCUUUUCAAUAUCCUUCACAUCUCAUCGACUAAAGGUUUAUCCAAAGCCUUCAGCACCUGUAGCUCCCACAUAAUAAUGGUUGGUCUAUUCUAUGGAUUUGGGCUGCUCACUCAUAUCAAGCCAUCAUCUGCUGGGUCUGUGGACCAGGGCAAAUUUUUCUCAGUGUUUUACACCAAUGUGGUGCCCCUGCUUAAUCCUGUCAUUUAUAGCCUCAGGAACACAGAUGUCAAACUUGCUCUGAAGAAAACUCUGAAGAGAAUUACGAAUUGA